AUGGGCAGGGUGCCGCUGCUGGCCUGGGGCUUGGCGCUGUGCUGCUGGGGCUGCGCGGCCCCCCUGGGCACACGGACUGAGGUGGACCCCUUUGUGGGGAGCCCAGGGAACAUCACCAGUGCCCGAGGACUCAUGGGGACACUUCGCUGUGAGCUCCAGGUUCAAGGAGAGCCCCCUGAAGUGGACUGGCUUCGGGACGGGGAGGUCCUAGAGCUGGCGGAUAGCACCCAGAUGCAGGUGCCCCUGGGCGAAGAUGGGGAGGACGACUGGAAGGUGGUCAGCCAACUCAGAAUCUUGUCCCUGCAGCUCUCGGACACGGGACGAUACCAGUGUGCGGUGGUCCUGGAAGGACAGACCUUCGUGUCCCAGCCUGGCUAUAUAGGGCUGGAGGGCCUGCCUUACUUCCUGGAGGAACCUGAGGACAGGACUGUGGUCGCCAACACCCCCUUCAACCUGAGCUGCCAAGCCCAGGGGCCCCCAGAACCUGUGGACCUGCUCUGGCUCCAGGACGCUGUCCUCGUCCCGACUACGGACCAUGGCCUCCAGCACAUCCUGAGCGUUCCCGGCCUGAACAAGACAGCUUCUUUCUCCUGUGAAGCCCACAACGCCAAGGGGGUCACCACAUCCCGCACGGCCACCAUCACAGUGAUCCCCCAGCAGCCCCGUGACCUCCACCUGGUUUCUCGCCAGCCCACGGAGCUGGAGGUGGCUUGGACUCCAGGCCUGAGUGGCAUUUACCCCCUCACCCACUGCACCCUGCAGGCUGUGCUGUCGGACGAUAGGGUGGGCAUCUCGCUGGGAGAGCCGGACCCCCCAGAAGAGCCUCUCACCUUGCACGCCAGCGUACCCCCUCACCGACUCCGGCUGGGCAGCCUCUACCCUCACAUGCCUUAUCAUAUCCGGGUGGCGUGUGCCAGCAGUCAGGGCCCCUCGCCUUGGACCCACUGGCUUUCUGUGGAGACACCGGAGGGAGUGCCCCUAGGUCCCCCUGAGAACGUUAGCGCCAUGCGGAAUGGGAGCCAGGCCUUCGUACAUUGGCAGGAACCAAGGGCACCCCUGCAGGGCACCCUCUUAGGGUACCGGCUGGCAUAUCGAGGCCAGGACACCCCUGAGGUGCUCAUGGAUGUGGGGCUAAAGCGAGAGGUGACCCUGGAGCUGCGGGGGGACGGGCCCGUGCCCAACUUGACAGUGUGCGUGGCAGCCUACACCGCUGCUGGGGAUGGGCCCUGGAGCCUCCCUGUGCCCCUGGAGCCCUGGCGCCCAGGGCAAGAACAGCCAGUCCACCAGCUGGUGAGUGACCCCCCAGCUCCUGCCUUCUCGUGGCCCUGGUGGUAUGUGCUGCUGGGAAUAGUCGUGGCCGCUGCCUGUGUCCUCAUCUUGACCCUCUUCCUUGUCCACCGGCGGAAGAAGGAGACGCGCUAUGGAGAGGUGUUUGAGCCAACAGUGGAGAGAGGCGAGCUAGUGGUCAGGUACCACGUCCGCAAGUCCUACAGCCGUCGGACCACUGAAGCCACCUUGAACAGCCUGGGCAUCAGUGAAGAGCUGAAGGAGAAGCUGCGGGAUGUGAUGGUGGACAGGCAUAAGGUGGCUCUGGGAAAGACCCUGGGAGAAGGAGAGUUCGGAGCCGUGAUGGAGGGCCAACUCAAUCAGGACGACUCCGUCCUCAAGGUGGCCGUGAAGACAAUGAAGAUUGCCAUCUGCACGAGGUCGGAGCUGGAGGACUUCCUGAGUGAAGCCGUCUGCAUGAAGGAAUUCGACCACCCCAAUGUCAUGAGGCUCAUUGGCGUCUGUUUCCAGGGUUCCGAACGAGAGGGCUUCCCGGCACCUGUGGUCAUCUUACCUUUCAUGAAGCAUGGAGACCUACACAGUUUCCUCCUCUAUUCCCGGCUCGGGGACCAGCCAGUGUUCCUGCCCACUCAGAUGCUGGUGAAGUUCAUGACAGACAUUGCCAGCGGCAUGGAGUACCUGAGUACCAAGAGGUUCAUACACCGGGACCUGGCUGCCAGGAACUGCAUGCUGAACGAGAACAUGUCGGUGUGUGUGGCAGACUUUGGGCUCUCCAAGAAGAUCUACAAUGGGGACUACUACCGCCAGGGACGCAUUGCUAAGAUGCCAGUCAAGUGGAUCGCCAUCGAGAGCCUGGCUGACCGCGUCUACACCAGCAAGAGUGACGUGUGGUCCUUCGGGGUGACAAUGUGGGAGAUCGCCACACGGGGCCAAACCCCAUACCCAGGAGUGGAGAACAGUGAGAUCUAUGACUACCUGCGCCAGGGAAAUCGCCUGAAGCAGCCCGUGGACUGUUUGGAUGGACUGUAUGUCUUGAUGUCCCGGUGCUGGGAACUAAAUCCCCGGGACCGGCCAAGCUUUGCAGAGUUGCGGGAAGACCUGGAGAACACACUAAAGGCCUUGCCCCCUGCCCAGGAGCCUGACGAAAUCCUCUAUGUCAACAUGGAUGAGGGUGGAGGUCGUCCUGAACCCCCUGGAGCUGCUGGAGGAGCUGACCCACCAACCCAGGCUGAUCCUAAGGAUUCCUGUAGCUGCCUCACUGCAGCUGAGGUUCAUCCUGCUGGACGCUAUGUCCUCUGCCCUUCUACUGCUCCUGGCCCCACUCUGCCUACUGACAGGGGCUCCCCAACACCCCCAGGGCAGGAAGACGGAGCCUGAGACAACCUUUCACCUAGGAUUCCUUCUCAGGACCCAAGCUAGGCACUGCCACUGGGGGAAACCCCACUCUUCCACUUUCCUACUCCAGGCCGUAGCCCAACUGCAGCCCUGUCUUCUUACCCACCUCCACUCCAGACAGUUUCUUCCACUUCUCUGCACUGUGGCAUCUCCAUCUGUAAAAGGGAGGGGUUGGACUGCAAUCUCUAAAGGUCUUCCCGGGUCCAACAUUCCAAGAUUCUAGAUUCUAAGGUUUAUAAGGUCUAGAUUAAAAGGUUCUAGGUUUCAAAGA